CCUUCGGGAAACCCUUCAAACAAAUAUCACAAGAGGCUUUCCCAUAAGCAGUUCAGUAGGGAGAUUAGUGCGUUGCUUAGCCUGUACCCUAAUAAAUUUUUGCUAAAAUCCGAGCUUUACAAAAUUCUAAAAGAUCUUUUAAAACAAAAAGUACUAUUGAAGAUGCCCUACCAGGAUCGAAUCAAGGCUCGGCUUGAGAACGAGGUGACCACCCUACGCCGCGAGGUGACCAGGCUGCGCUCCAGGCAGGAGAAGCGACGCCGGGAUCAGAUGGAUCAGGCUGUGCUACAGGCACAGCUCGAGCAGGAAAUCCAUGACCUGCGGACCGAGGUGGAGACCCUCCGGCUCAAGCGCAAGGAGCGAGAGUGCGGCGGAGAGGAGAGCAACACAAAGAUGAACCAACACUUACAGAAGUUGGACGAGCAUGUGGUCAAGCAGGAGCGUUACAUAAGCUUCCUCGAGGAGCAGAUCAAUCACACACGCAUCAAGUACGAGCAGAGGAUGACCAAUGUCCACCAGAGCGCCGAUCAGUUGGAGGAGAAGCUGAAGAAGGUGCGCAGCGAGAUGCGGACCGUUAAGGAGCAGGCCAGCGAGAUGUAUCAGCUGAACAAGCGCAUGGCCUGCCUCAGUGCCAAGCUGGAGCGACGGGACAAGGUCAUCGCCCACUACGAGGCCCAGCAAUCGGAAUGUAUGCGAGUAAUUGCGGAUCUCAUGAAGCAGGUCGAGCUACAGGCUGUAGGGGAUGUAGCCGCCGGAAAAAAGCUCGAGGCCACGAACGGCAGCGAUCCUAAGUCCGAGGAUGCGGAAGAUACUGAAGAUACCCUCAAUGUGAUGACUCUCCCAGUUUGUGAUCCUCCCAAGCUGAAGACAGCCUCCUACUUUGCCAGCCUGGCAAAGGCUCUAAGAAUGAAAUGGAUGACUAAUUAUAUAGCAACGCUCUUUAUAUUGUAUGGUUAGGGAUGUCUUCAGAUUUUCAGAUCUACCGUCCAAAUUAAUUGAUAAAUUGUGUAAUUGACUAGUGAAAAUUUUAAAGAGUCUUUAUAAAUAUAUUGUACUGAAAAAUUAA